CGCAUCAAAGUGGCGUCGGGUGGGCGGUUAAGAAACCAAGGAAACAACAAUUCUAGGACAUCCAUCGGUAUCGAGCUAUCCAGAUCACUAGAGGAUGGUCACUACCCUUUAAUACAUCGUUUGCAAUAAAAGAGUGGUGCUUAUGGAAGUGACGUGUGUCUUGUCCUACAUGUUGCCUGGAUAAGAAGGUUCCAAGAUGCUGGACGCUGCCCAGAUUCGGAAAAGAGGUGGCCAAGACUUCGGGGCAUACUACGACUACGCCUGCGCCAUGCAAGAUCUGGCCCCGUCCCGUGCCGUCAAGGCCCACUUAAGCCAGGGAAUACUGGACAUCAAUGGGGACCGCCUCAAACUUACAGACUGGCCGCCCGUCUUUAGCACGCUCGCAAUCAACAGACAUUUGCAGAAAAUUUCUAUCAGCAGUUCUUUCCAGAUUGGGCCUGCGGUGGGGGAGACUGACAGUAGGUACUGGUACACUUCCAGAAGGAGAAUUCCAGCCAUCCACUCCAAGGAGUUAACCUUUAAACUGUGUAAGGCUCUCAGAGAUUGUCUGAGUGUCUCUCCUAACCUCAAGACUCUCCAGCUCCACGGCCUGCCACUUAGAGAGAGAGACCUCAUUACCCUGACCAAGGGCUUGGCCGCAAGUGUCUCUGUGGAGCAUGUGUCCUUGGCACACUGUCCAAUAAGGGACAAGGGAUUAGAAGCCAUCUGUCAGAGUGUGAAGUACUCUGCCUCUGUGAGGACAGUGGACUUCACAAACUGUGACCUCACAUGGAGGGGGGCCGAGCACAUGGCCAGCAUCGUCAAGCACCAGGCGACCCAGCGGCACGGUGCGGCGUGGGUGGAGUCUCUGCGUUACCGGAAACCGGAGUUCGAGGGCAUGGGUGGCUUGCGGCGCCUCACUCUCAACUGCAACACGUUGAUCGGAGACCGCGGGGCGACCGCCCUUGCACAGGAAUUGUCAGAGGACCUCUGGGUCAAAGCUCUGGACUUGCAGAAGUGUGGGCUGUCCAGCGACGGAGCCAGGAAGCUGCUGGAGGCUCUGAAGACCAACGCCACCCUCUGCGUGCUGGACAUCAGGAGUAACCCCUUAGUGGACAAAGUCUUGGUGAAGACUGCCAUAGAGAAAGUUCUCAUGAACUGUGAUGGACAGUCUGCUGAGUUCUCCUGGAUCAAGCCCCCAGCCAUGAAAGAGCCCCACAAACCCUCUACCACCAAGAGAAGAAUACUGGUCAACACCCACAGAGGGAAAGCCACAUUUAGAAUAGUUCGGCGCAGGGCAUCCUCGACAGGUCGGAGGAGUCCAGCUGUGGCCCCGCCCACCCGCCCACAGCCCCGCCCCUCCAAGUGUAUUCCGUGGCGUGCGGCAGCGCGCGCCGACCGUGACAGAGGUCUUCCACCAGGCAUCGCUGGAUCCAAGCAGAUCUACCAGGCGGCCGGUACCGUCCAUGUCAACAUGGAGGCCGACUCGGAGGAGGAAGAGGAGGAUGACGAGGAGGAGACUGGGAGUCCACCUGGACUGAGUCUCCAGGAGAGGAUCACAGUCAGGCAGUACAGACUCAUCCAGGGGGAGCUAGAGGAGAUUCGACUCAGGCUAGCAGAGGAGCGCCGGGCCAGAGUGAGAACAGAGACCAGACUUAUGGAGUAUGAGCUGGAGAAUUGCAGGCUUCGCAGACUCAACUUCUCCCUGUCAGAGGCGGUCAAGGCCCCGCCCAUCGCUGCCUCCAGUAUUCUGGAAGAUGAGGAGGUUCUGGAAAGCAUUGAGAGUUCCUUCAACAAGUUCCAUGGAUUCCUGGAUCUCCUAAAGGAUGCUGGAUUGGGCCAACUGGCCUCCGUGGCUGGCAUCGACCAAUCAGACUUUGGCCCUGUGGGGAGACCCCAGCUGUCCUCUACGGUUGGACGAGGCCUGAGUAAAGGUGUUGGGGCAGGGGACACAGACGAGACUCAGAAGGGUGACGGUGUUCCCUCGGAAAGAGCUGUGCCCCGUCCCUCACCUAGACGCCUUGCCCGUGAGCCUCCAGCCACUCCCAGGGAGUUCUUGCCAGAGCAAAGCCCACAGGAAGUGCCUCUCGACCUGGCUAGUGGUCCUACAGGGGCUCCCUGUGUGGAGGAGUCUGGUGGAGAGUUGGACUUGAGGGCUCCGUCCCCUAAACAAAUUGGGGAUCUCCAGGUGGCAGGGUCAGAGCACAGUAUCCAAAGCAACAGCUCUCAUGGAAACGGUUCUCAUGGCAAGAAUUCUCAUGGUUCCAACGGCAAAGUGUCCCAGGGUAGAAUCUCCCAGUCUCGCCACGGUAACGGCUCCAACCGCAGCCAGGGCUCCCAGAGCAACGGUUCCCAUGGUUACAGCCUCAACUACAGCAACGGCUCCAACGCCUACAGCUCUGUCCGCGGCAACAGCCACCGUAGCAACAGUUCCCACGGCGACAUGUCUGCGAGGUCCAGCCUCAGUGAGUUGAGCGAGAGGGCGGAGUCUGUGGUGUCAGAGGGUUCGGUCAGGGCCGAGGGUGGAGGAGGUGGAGGGCAGGGGGGGGAGGAGGUGGGGGAACUGUACUCAGGGGUGUGGAACUUCGGAGCGGGUCAGAUUGUUUGGUAGUUUGACAGGGGUGUCAGAUAGGCUGCAACUAAUCAGCUGUGAGGUCCACUUGAGCUGGAAACUGAACACUACUGCUGUUUUAAUGUUUUAAUGUUGAUUUUAUGAUCAUCAAUGCAGAGGCCAAAUUCCUGUAUGGCUGUUAAUAUUGGUUUUGAAAUGUGAUUUUAGCGUUUUGUUUAAUGAGUUGUUACUUUUUUUAAUCUCUCCUAUUUUGGGCUUUUAGUCGCCCACACUUUUUAUAAUAUGAGUGAAUAUUUGUUCCUGUUCCUUCUGUUGAAUCAACAUAUUUUUACAAUAAAUAUUGUGG